AUGGCCAACCCGCGAGGUGGCAUGGCGGCAGAAGUAAAUGCAUUGCUCACGCCAGAAGGCCCGACACUGCAGGUUGCUGAUGUAGAGGGCGCUCUGGAGAAAGUGUACACGCUCUUUGCCGAGAACCGUGCCGAAGCGGAGUCGUUACGUGCCAAGCUGCACGCAAACGGCUCCGCGCUGCUCGUCAGCGAGCGCAACACAACGAUGCAGCAGUUGUUUGCGUCGUUGGAGACGCUCGAACAGCAUACUGUACGCGCGGAAUCGAGUGUUGGUGAAGUCACAGCCGAUAUCCGGUGGCUCGAUAUGGCGAAACGCAACGUGAGCCUGAGUAUUGUGACCCUGAAACGACUCCAGAUGCUGGUUAGCUCCACCUUCCACUUGGAGCAGCUGUGUACCGGGAAGCAGUACCGUGAGGCUGCGUCCACAUUAGAGGCAGUGCAGGCGCUACUUGCGUUCUUUGAGCCGCACGCGGAUGUGGAAUAUGUGGUACAGCAACGGCGCAAAGUCCAGCAGUUGCGCGAGCAGCUGAAUACAAUGGUGAUGCACGAGUACGAGCAGAACUUCCAGCAAUCGCACGCUCGAUUUUUCGCGAGCGAGACCGUGCUGCCGGACGCGGCGCUCGCUGUCGAAGCGCUGGGGCCAAAAGUACGCGACACAGUGAUCCAUUGGUACUGUACGCGACAAUUGCGCGAGUAUCGGCGCGUCUUCCGCGCUGUGGACGAGGCAGGACAGCUCGAUAAUGUCCCGCGCCGCUAUGCGUGGUUUAAGCGUAUCCUCCGCACCCACGCUGACGAGCACGCCGCCGCGUUUUUGCCCGCUUGGCACGUCGACCAGCAGCUCCUUGUACUUUUUUCUGAGAUUACACGCGGCGAUUUGAAGAGCGUACUUGUGCGCCAUCAGGCAAAUCUGGAUGCGGAUAUGCUGCUCAGCGGGCUGAACGCGACAAACGAGUUUGAGACGCAAAUGGCGCGGCAGUACGGCAAGCCGUUUGCAGAGAUUUUAGCGUCGCAAGGCGGUGAGCCACAUCGAGUGGGCACGAGUAUCACUGCGGUAUUCAGUCCUUACAUGAAUGUGUUUGUCGAGGUGCAGGAGCGCCGCCUCGCAGAAUUGAUCGGCCAGUUCGCACAGCCAGGCACACCGACAGGCGAAGCAAGCGCUGGCAGCUUUGCUGCCCAAGUCGCGAACCACGCCGAGGAGCCCAUGAAAGUGCUGCUCUCCUCCACAGAGCUCUUUUGGUUCUACCGCCAAACACUGGAGCGGUGUGCACAGCUUGGCGAGCACGCGCCGCUGCGUGGGCUUGCAGAGCUGUACGCGAAAUGGCUCAAACGCUACACGGCCAGUGUGCUCCAACCAACCUUGCGCUUGCCUGCAAGAGACGCAGACGUACCUGCAUUGUGCACCAUACUUAACACGGCAGAUUAUUGCGCCAUGACCUGCACGCAGCUCGAGCAGAAACUCACGGAAAAAAUGCGCGCGCAGGACGCGAGCACUGCCCCUUUUUCGCUCGAGUCCGAGCGCGAUGGGUUUUUUGCCGUGGUGGCGGGCACGCUCCAGUAUUUGACGCGCGUAUUAUACCAAAGCACAGAACCUGCAUUUCACAGCCUCGUGCGGCCAGAAACACCGUGGGGCCAGCACGUCGCCGUCGUGGAUAAAUCGCCCUGGGUCGACACGCUCGCAAGCGCUUUGGAAAGCAUUGCGGUGCUCGUGCGCCAGGAAGUAGAAAACAAACGCUACGUGCGCAGCUGGUGCGACAAGGCGGUCGGCGUCGUUAUUACGCGCUUCACACAGGCCGUGCUGCGCAUCCGUCCAAUUCGACAAUGUACGGCCGAGCAGCUCUGCGUGGAUUUGCACCAUGUAAAGGGUUUGCUGCUCGAGCUGCCGCAUUUUUCCGCGACGGAUUUCGGUGGGCGGUCGCAGAGUAAUGCGGCGAUGCAGACACACUAUGAGCGAUACGUGGACAAGGGCAUUGCGCGGAUUGAGCCGCUCUUGCAGGUACUUGCGAGUGCGAAAGACGAGUCGCCGUCGCUCGAAGACGUAGUCAAUGCUUACCGCUCUCACAUCCACGACCAGUCCUUGCCUAACUUCCAAAAGCUACUCGACUUGAAAGGAAUACGCCGUUUGGACCAAGCCCCACUGGUGGAAGAAUUUUUAGCGGCGAUCGAUCGAGAAGCCACGCCGCUGCCGACUACGUCCAUGCUCUCGUCUUUGCAGAUGGACCCGAAUGCGGAAGUGUAUGCACCACCGGAGAUUGCGAGCGAUAAAAGGGGCACGAAUGAUACCCAGCAGGGCGAUAGCGAAGGAUCUGCAUUCGUAACAGCGCCGAGGCCAACUACGCCGAACAAUUUGUCCGCAGCAUCGCGUGCGUUGCCGGACUGGAAACGGUUUGGCAGCAUGUUUGGUGCGGCACUAGGCCGGGAAUGGCGCCCAUAG